UGGCGCGGUCAACAUAAUAGUGCAGUUUCAAGUGAAAAACGGUUGUACCAAAGUGUUUUAAGAAGUGGAUUACUGGCCAAAAAAUGAAAUGCCACGAAAUUACAUAAAAAGAGGCCACCGUCGUCAUACACCCCUGAAGACAUGGCUAGGGCUGUAGAAGAUAUUUUGAACAGAAAUAGAAGUUACCAACAAGUCGAGGACCACUAUAGUAUUCCAAAAGCGGUAGUUUUUAACAGAAUUAAAGGGCGAAAAACUGCAAUUAACAAAUUAGGGUCUGGACGGUCACAAGCGCUUAGCUUUGACAUCGAACGUGAUUUAGAAAACUGUAUUAGGGCGCGAGCACGAAUGGGCAUUCUAUGUGACAAAGAAGAUGUAAAACAAGUUGUGGCUGAAUAUGUGCGUGUAACUAAUUUAAAAACCCAAUUUGUCAAAGGAACCCCUGGAGAUGAUUGGUACUAUUCAUUUAUGAAAAAGCAUCCAGGAUUGUCAGUUAAGAAACCAGAGUUGCUACAAAAGUGCAGAAAAGAUUCCAGGGAUCCCUUCGUCGUUUAUGAUUUUUACACCGACCUGGUCCAACUUUUUGGAGAAAACACAUUGGAGAAUAAACCAGCUUUUGUAUUCAACUGUGAUGAGACUGGGUUUUGUCACGAUCCGACUAAAUUCAAGGCGAUUGGGGAAAAGGGAAAGGCGCUGUCUAGAAUAUCAGCGGGUUCAGGCAGAGAGUCCACCACGGUACUUGCGUGUAUUGCCGCAGAUGGAUCUUACCUUCCACCUUUAAUAGUAUUUAAAGGAGUAUACUUGUUCCGGUCACGGUUGGAUGGAGGAGCCACAAUUUUUUGAAUGGUUGUCCACAGUUUUUGUUCCUCAUGUACAGUCUACACGAGCUUCUCAUAACCUACCUAAUCAAACCGCCGAAAUUUUGACUACCCCACAAGUUCUAGAGAAAAUGGAAAUUGCUCAAAAGUUAAGAAAUCAAAAGAAAGGGAUCAAUAAAAAGCAAAAAGAUGACAAUGAAAACAAAAUUAAAAUGGCACAUAGUAAUAAAAAAAGGGCUGUUCAUGAAGAAGAAGAAAUUCAAGAAGAAUCAAUAGACGAAUCUGCUUUGUAUCAAG